CAACAUCAUUCGAGAAGAAUUUCUUGGCAACAACAGCACACACUUUUGGGCGCACACAUGCUUCGAUGAAGAGGUCUCCAACAAGCGGAUCUCAUCACGGCAGGUUCACUUACCUGACGUUCUAGUUUGACAAGUUCCCAGAUGUGACCGACAUUUCAGACAUCUGUAAGGCCAGUACAAAACAUUGUCCGAGCGGAGCUUGCGUCGAAACACAGGACGCUCGCCAUCUGGCGUCUGCAGGACCCUUGAGCAAAUCUUCCAAAGUUAUAUUGAUCCCCAACUAGGCUGACAGAUGACAAAACCCUACAGAGCUGGGAUUGGUCCACAAUACGUUCCGAAGAUCUUGGACAGCGCCGCACGCAAGCGGUCAAGGAGAGAUAAGACAUCCGAGAGUCAAAUAUGCAACGCCGUAGCAAAAGAACUGAACGGUAUCAAAGUAAUGAGACAAAACAAUCUGCAAUCCAGGCUGGAAUUUGCAAUAUGUUUGAGCCGUUCGAUUGCUAAUAGACGUUGGAGAUUAAGGGUGAUUGCCAACAACAGCAACUGGAAUUCUCGGAAGGCAAGGGAGCAUUUCGUUCCUAUCUUUCUGCACCCGUUCGGACCGGAACCUCUGCAAGAGAUAAUUCCAUGUACGAAAAUGGAUCAAGUACUGCAAAGCCCAGGGAGUAAGCGUCAAACUCGGUCUGACCUCCGUUGCCUGCGCAGCAAAAAUCGAUGGUGCCACGGCUCCUGGACGAAUUCGACAACAUGUUGUCAGCAACGCACCAUUCACGAGCCGAAUCUCACGCCCAUGUUUUAUAAUCUCUUUUUCUGGGCCUGUUUCUGGCAAGGUCUAAUCUGCAGCCCAUGUUCUGAAGUAUUCUCCGUCACGGUCUGAGACUACCGAAAGCCCACAUGGGCAAGCGAUUAAAAAAGGCGCGCCUGAAAGUACCUCCGUACCUGUACAGAGAUCCAGAAGUGACUCGAUAUGGCAUAUCUGCAGGUAAGCAACUGUACGAAGAUAUUGGCUG